CAAAGUUGCAACACUCAAUGGCCUGCACAAUCGAUUUCCGCUGCCUAGACGAAGGCUUCGGCGGCAAAACCUACAAGCGGAAGCGCAAUCCCGAACCCGCCGCCGACGAUGCCGCCAUGGAAAUCGACGCCGCCUAUCCACCUCCGGCGAAGCGAUCCGCCGUUUCCUCGUCGGACAACCCGGACAAGCCAGUCGUCUUCGGGCGGCCGAGCUACGACGGCGUCAUCGCCGGGAAGGUUUCAGGACGGAAGUGGAAGCAGCCGCGGAAGCAGAGGUCGUCGGCGCUUCAGGUGAGCCGGAAGGGGACGACGUUCGAGGAGAGGGAGAAGAACAAGUCGGUGAAGAAGGCGUACAAGGAGAGAAUGGCGGAUCUGAAGGCGGAGAUUAAGAGGAAUAAGGAGGAGAAGAGGAGGAAGAUGGAGGAGAGGGAGAAGCGGAAGAAGGAGAAUAUCUUGAGGACUGGGACCAAGUUGCAGAUUAUUUCGAAUCCCAAGACGAUUCAGAGGAUUGCGAAAACAAAGGAUAGGAAGAACCUGAAGCCUGUGCCGGAGGAGUUGAUGAAGAGGAACAAUAAGAAGAGUGGUCUUUUGGUUAGCCAAUGAGAUAUGAAUGCUUUCGAUUUUCGAUUUUGUUUACUUCAUUUUAUGAUUGAACGAUAAUGCAAUGUUGUUGUUAUGUGUUAAUGGAAUCGAAUAUUUCAAUAUUAGAGUGCUGCAUUGAAAUG